AUGCUGCCCUCCGUCGCUCUUCCCUCCCCCCAUUUUCAACCGCAUCAUCACAUCGAUCGCCGCCUCAACUAUGAUUUGUUCGCGCGCCCCUACGAUAUGGACCAGUCCGGGUUCCUAGACCCUUCCUUCCAGCAAAACGCCCACGCCAAUCAUAUCAACAAUAGCAGCAGCAGCAGCAAUACCUUCGCUGCCUCCGUCCCUCGCUCACGCAUCCAGUUCGCUCACCCAGUGCAGCACCCACUGUCGCAUGCGACCGACUUGAACGGCCUACCCACAAAAACCGCCGAACAUACCCUGAGGAGGAAGACCCCGAAUGGGACAUUGGCCGCCGGUUACGAUGGGACGCCGACUGAUCAAGCAAACCAGCCGCCCGCUGCGAAACACAUUCUGGUCAAUCGACAACUGACCCCAUCACAGUUGCCUUUGACGGCCGACAACUGGCAGCCCGAGCACAGUGUGCCCCUCCAGUACCAGAAUUUCCCACCGUCUUUCAAACAAGAUGUUUCCCGAAAUAAUGGCGCCCUGCCCACAGACAACUUCCAACCGGGAACCGGGGCAAGCUGGGUCCGGUCUGUGAAUAUGCAGCUAGGCAUGGAUUCCGCCCUACACCAAACACUGCCAAUACCUCAUUCUCAACAUUACUUCUUACAAAAUGGCCCUUCCAUUCCGACCGUUCUACCAGCAACGCUUCAGCCCUGCCUUGGUCCAACUGCCCCCGUUGGUACUGGUCCAUACGGGCCAUAUUGGCCAGACGGUGCCUAUAUCCCAUACCGACCCGCUGCUCUUCGUGACUCCCGUUUUGAUGGUUCUUCACCACAACUUGCCGACCGCAAUAAUGCUGUUUUUGAUAUGCAGCCUCCGUUUGUAAACCACACGUCUUUUGCAACCGGCGCCUUUUCAAAUACAGGCCUGUCGUGGAAUCAAUUGGCCGCCGGCCCCGUCAAUCAGGACUCAUUGCUGCAAAACAACUUUCCUCCUCGUCAUUCUCAUCAAAAUUCUUUCGGUGUGGCAAAGGACUUGCUACAACACCAUCUACCCUAUCAUGUCCGCGCCGCUAGUAGGCAAACAGCUGACCCUGUGGGCUGGAACCAUAGUCUCAGUGUACCCCCAUCCCUUUCGAAAGCCCAAUCUCGUGUGCAGACUGUCGAAUUCAAAGAAAAGGUCUUGUCAUGGGCUCAUGGUGUGUACGUCGAUCUGCUCGCCACCAUCCACCAUGCGAGAAAACAAAGCAUGUCAAGGUCUACUGCUACUGGACAGCCCCAGCGGCCUCUCAAACCGACAAUCUACCCCAAGCCUCCUCGCCAACCUGGUUUGGACUUUUCUUCUUCUCAUCCAAAUUUACCACGCCACAACAGCUACCCAUCGUCAAGAUUCGAUUUUCUUCCCCCGGAGGCUUCUCUUUUUAAUGACAAAAACCGACAGUCUGAGAGGUCUGCAUCCGGACACAUGUUCGGCCAAAAUUCUACUGACACUCCGAGGAGGGCUUCGGGGACUCCCUUGUCGAAACUAGUUCAUAAUGAUACUAAUAUCGUGGCCACCGCCGCAUCCGCUCUGGAGAUGUUAUCUCAUUUGUGUAACGAAAGCAGCUGGGAAUGGAUCGAAGGCAUGCUGUUGGGUGGCUGCUUGGCAUAUGGCUUGGGCGAUUAUCAAAAGGCAGUGAGGUGGUAUAUGAGGAUCAUUGCCAAAGAUGCUGGGCAUGUUGAAGCCAUUAGCAAUCUCGCUGCCUCUCUUUUGGCUCUUGACCAGAAAGAGGAGGCACUCCAACAUUGGCUACGUGCUGUCAAGCUCCGCCCAAGCUUCUUUGAAGCAGUUGAGCAUUUGAUCAAUCUCUUAUGUACCAGUCACCGUGGGAAAGAAGCCGUGAACAUUAUAGAAUACGUCGAGACAAACCUACGAGUUCCGAGGAACGGCGAUUGUUUCCGAUCCGACGAACAUGCCAGUGAAACCGAGAGUGAUGCCGAUAGUACGGCAUCGUACGACCGCGCGGCAUUUGAUUACGACAAUGACUUAGACAGUGCGUUGGCCAUGAAGAUCAACCUCAAUGAUUCUGCGUCAGCUGGCUUUGCGUCAAGUGGCUUUGCCAUUCCCGGUUCUGAUAAUGGCAGAAUGCUUGCCCUGGUUCACGCCAAAGGCAAUAUGCUUUACGCUCUAGGCAAUAAUGCCAGUGCUGCCGCUGCAUUUGAAGAAGCCAUUUUAAUCGCCGCCGGCCCGAGACGCCACGGCAUGAAGAGUCUAAUCAAGCAAACCCUUGACGCCUUCACAACAUCUCGUAAUGCAUAUAACCCAGCCAUCGAAACCGAUGACUCGAGAGAACCCAUCCUUCUUCAGCCGGACAAGGCUCUGCAAACAGCAAGCUUAGUAUUUCCUCCAUAUGGGAAUCCGCCGGGUCUCCAAUAUGUUGCUGAAGGCCUAGCCAAGAAGGCUGCAAUUUCGACCACAAGCAAUUGCUUGCUUUCACUCGCCAAAAUCUACCAAGAUGGAAUGUCGACCGUAUCUACAGCUGGUGCUGCCAAGACCGCCACGCCUGGAGUGAGAGAUAUCUUGGCGCUGUAUUACCUGUCUCUUUCUCUCCAACCGAGCCCGUCUACAGCCAACAAUGUAGGAAUUCUUCUUGCGAGCAUCCAGCACAAUGCCCCCGUCAAGUCACGGCCACGUUCGACCACUAGUAUGACCCUGGAUAUCCCUGGUGUCACACCUGGAAGUGGCAUUUGGCUGGCUCUCACAUACUACAACUAUGGCUUGAAACUUGAUCCAAAACAUGCCCAUCUUUACACAAAUUUGGGUAGCUUACUUAAAGAUACAGGACAGCUUCAGGCGGCUAUUAAAAUGUACGAAAAAGCUGUUCAAUAUGACGGUAAUUUUGAUAUUGCUCUAGCCAACCUGGCCAACGCCGUCAAAGAUGCAGGCCGCAUCAAUGACGCUAUCAAUUUCUACCAUAGAGCCGUCAAAGUCAAUCCCGACUUUGCAGAAGCUGUAUGUGGUUUAGCUAAUGCUCUUAACUCGGUUUGCAACUGGACUGGUCGUGGCGGUGUUUUAAACGGAUACGGAUUCACGGACCGAGUGCAUGUUGAUGACAAUGGAUUGCCACGCGAUGCUAACACGAUCCAAGUCGGCUUCGGUUGGAUGAAGCGUGUGGUGGAUAUUGUCGACAAGCAAUUGAAGGACGGUGAGGCCUGGGGUCGCGGCAUUCUAACGCCUUCCGUCAUCGAUCAACUUUGUGCGCAAGUGUCAUCAGUUGCUCCGUAUGGAUUAAAAGCCAAGGAUCUGAAUCUUCUCUUACGUUCUUGGGCCGGUAAGAAAUGGGAAGGCUCUCGAAUUGUGAGGUUGGUGGAACGUAUCAUGCGCGCCAUCACCUGGCAAUGGUACCAAGACCGUCAUGUUUACGGGAAGGAAUACCCUCUCUCGCGAUACCGAAGACCGCAGCUACCCAGUGGUCUCGCGUCUCCAAAUGCCCCGACAGUACUUCCUUUCCAUACGUUUACUUGCCCUCUUUCCGCCAAGCAGAUCCGUCAUAUCUCACAACGAAACGGCCUUCGUAUUUCUAGUGCGACCCUUCGCUCACCAUGGCUCCCAAGUACGGUCUACCCGCCUCCUCAACCCCCGAAUCCUUAUCUCAAAGUUGGCUACGUUUCAUCGGAUUUCAACAACCAUCCUCUGGCACAUCUGAUGCAAUCUGUUUUUGGGUUCCAUAAUCCCAACCGUGUCAAAGCUUACUGCUACGCAACAACCCCUAGCGACAACUCUGCCCACCGUCUCCAAAUCGAACGGGAAGCGCCGGUGUUCCGUGAUGCCAGUAGUUGGCCUGUCGACCGUUUAGUUGAACAAAUCGUGAGGGACGGGAUCCAUAUCCUGGUCAAUCUGAACGGUUAUACUAGAGGCGCUCGGAAUGAAGUUUUCGCUGCUCGGCCUGCCCCGGUCCACAUGUCUUUCAUGGGAUUUGCAGGGACCCUAGGUGCCGAGUGGUGCGAUUAUAUCCUCGCAGACGAACUAUCUAUACCGCGUGACACAUUGAGCCCUGGCAGACGAGACUAUCGUAUCAAUGAUCGUCCUUUUGAAGACGACCAUGCAGAGGAGGUGGAGAACUGGGUAUACGGAGAAAGACUAGUUUAUACCCGGGAUACAUUCUUCUGUUGUGAUCAUCGACAAAGUGCUCCAGACAACCACGACCCAAGUAUCCGUUGGGACCAGGAGCUGGAACGGCGUUGGAAGAUGAGGAAAGACCUUUUUCCUAAUCUGGCCGACAAUGCCGUUAUUCUCGGUAAUUUUAACCAGCUCUAUAAAAUUGAGCCUACAACGUUUCGUACAUGGCUUCGCAUACUUUCAGACAUUCCUCAGGCAGUGCUGUGGCUUCUUCGCUUCCCUGAUAUUGGAGAGCAGAAUCUGAAACAAUGUGCAGUCACUUGGGCCAAUAAAGAAGUUGCUUCUCGGAUCAUUUUUACAGAUGUCGCACCAAAGCAGGCGCACAUUGCGCGGGCGCAAGUAGUGGAUCUCUUUUUGGACACGCCUGAAUGCAAUGCACACACAACCGCUGCAGACAUACUAUGGAGUGGCACGCCGAUGCUUACCUAUCCUCGUUACAAGUACAAGAUGUGUUCGCGUAUGGCAUCGAGCAUUCUGUCAAGUGCCCUUCCUGGCUCUGAAGCUGGUCGUCAAGCCAAAAAGGAGCUAAUCGCGAUCUCCGAUGAUGAUUACAGGGAGAAAGCCCGGCGUCUUUGUCACGAUCUACGGUAUGAACCUAGCUUCUAUGGCAAGGGGACGGGCCGCCUUCUUGAAUUACGAAAGAUGCUAUUCACGAGCCGUUGGCAGAGCAAACUUUUUGACACUCGGCGUUGGGUCUCUGACUUGGAAGAUGCCUAUGAUAAAGUAUGGAAUGCUUGGGUCAAGGGUGAAGAAAAUGAUAUCUGGCUAUGA